UCUGGGGCAGCUCUGGGUCGUUCCUUGGCCUCAACCACCACCUCCUCUCCCCGCCAAACCCCCAACGCCGCGCAGGAGGCCCUCCCCGCGUCGCGCGACGAUCUCCUCUAACGCUCCGCCCCCUGAGCGACGACAACGACGAUGAGCUCGAGCACACGACACCAAUACGCCCCAAUCACGACCCAGGAGGAUGCGGACUUCGCGGUCCCGCGCUCGCCCUAUGUUCCCGCCUUCGAGCGCGCUCCCUCUAGCGCCCCACCCCGCCCAUCGCGCUCAAGCGGACCCAUACGCAUGCCGCCGCGAUUGGGACGGCUGAUGCAGCGCGUGAAGGACGGGCUGGCGGUGAACUACGGGCUGCUGCUGGUGACCGCGAGCCAGCUGUUCUUCUCGCUCGUGAACGUCUCCGUCAAGAAGUUGAACAGCAUCGACCCGCCUGUGCCGACGUUUGAGCUGAUCGGGUUCCGGAUGGUGAUCACAUUCAUCUGCUGCCAGGCGUAUAUGUUCGCUCGAGGGGUGCCGGAUCCGCUGCUGGGGCCGAAGGGAGUGCGAUUGUUGUUGGUGUUCCGGGGAUUCAUAGGUUUCUUCGGAAUCUUCGGCCUCUACUUCUCCUUGCAGUACCUCUCGUUGUCCGACGCUACCGUCCUGUCCUUCCUCGCACCUCUCACCACUGGUAUCGUCGGCGCCCUCAUACUGAAGGAGCCCUUCACACGCAAGCAGCUAUUUGCAGGGCUCAUUAGCCUAAUCGGAGUCGUCUUGAUCGCGCGACCGCCCUUCAUAUUCGGCAGAGCUGCCGACUUGCCUGCUGCACUUACGAAUGAUGAUGCCACUGCGGAUGCACCGCUAGCGCCGGUUGACCCAGCGGAGCGGGGAACACCGCAGCAGCGUCUGUUGGCUGUUGGGAUGUCACUCGUCGGCGUAUGUGGCGCUACUGGCGCUUACAUCACCAUACGCGCCAUCGGCAAGCGAGCGCAUCCAUUGCACUCACUCUCUUCGUUCUCGCUGCAGAGCGUGAUCACGUCGACUACCUUAAUCCUCGCAACGAAGACCAAGCUUGUCAUUCCCACUAGCAUCGAAUGGCUCGCACUGCUCGGCGUCAUCGGCGUGUGCGGCUUCAUUGCGCAGGUCCUCCUCACCAUGGGCCUCCAGCGCGAAACCGCCGGCCGUGGAUCCCUCGCGCUGUACACCCAGAUCGUCUUCGCUACGAUAUUAGAGCGCACGUUCUUCAAGGUCUCCCCGUCCGCGCUGAGCGUCCUGGGUACGCUCAUCAUUGUGGCGAGUGCUGUGUAUGUGGCAGCCACGAAAGAGCGCGAAAACAAGCCGCCGUCAAACCCCAGCAUCACACUAGAAAGAUUGGACGAGGAGGCGAUGGAGGAGGGUCUGCUAGACGGUGAGGGAAAGACGGAGGGGGAGAGAGAAAAGGAGCGCCGCCUGCGCGUGCACUUCUCGCAUCCGUCCCUUAGCAAAGAGAGCUUGGGCGCGUUCAGUGUGAGCACAGAGAGCGUGGCGUUGGUGCCGCAUGGUGCUGUGUCAGUACCGCAAACAGGCUCCUUUGCAUCGCAUCCUGCCAAUGAAACGGUUGAAGGGAUGCAGGAUGCAACGACAGAGGAGACGCGAAAUGCAACGGCUUAGAAGAUGUCUUCAUGAUUUAUGGCCUACGGGAUUUACGCUUAGCUACUAGAGGAUUUUACUGAUUGUAGAAUAGAUCUCCCUCUUUUCUUUCUUCUUCUCUUUGGUAUAUAGAACUGGUACAUAGGAAAAGCACAGUGCUAUUCCUCGGAUUACUUGCGAGAUGAUGUCUGAUCAGGUUUGAAGCGUCAAGAGUCAUUUAUGGGUUAG